AUGGCUCUGGCGCAUCGAACUGACGUAUUAAAUCGCUCUAGAGUAAAAGGACAUUCGGAGACUCAUCGUCAGGGAAGCUCUAGCGGCAUCAUAACCUGCUUCGUAACACAACCGGAUAACGUCGUUCUGCAUAUAGACGUAGAUAGUAAAGCGGAUGGCCAGGAGGUCCUCAAUAAGGUUUGUACAUUGCUCGGAAUUCAGGAUGAGGCCGAUUACUUUGGUCUACAAUACGCUCUGGCAAAAGGCGACUUAAUUUGGCUUAACUUACGCAAUCGCCUCUCUAAACAACUCCCCUGUAAUCCACCCUAUAACCUCUUCUUCAAAGUGAAAUAUUUCGUACCACCCUACAACCUAGUACUUGAAGAAACUAAACACCAGUUCUAUCUUAAUGCUGCACAGCAACUAAAACUCGGCCUCUGGGAUGCGGAAACCUCUCUGGAUCUACAGUCACGUCUCAUCGCCCUGAUGGCUUAUGUGCAGUUUGGAUCUUUUAAUUCGUCAACGACUCCAUGUAAAUACGCUUGCUUUUGGUCCGAUCGAAGAGAAGAGAUACCCCAUGAGGUCUUGGGUAUGGCUGCCAGCUACCACAAGGAGCUGCAUGGGAUGUCUACCCGGUCUGCCGAGUACGAACUUCUUCGGAUUGCUCACGAGGAGGUACCCGCUUUUGGGGUGUACUUUUACGAGAUUAUGGAUAUGUACGGCCACCGACUUUUGAUGGGUGUUGGACCCGAAUACGUGGCUGUCUGUCAGACGGACACUACAUUUUUGGAGAGGUUUCCCUACUGCCGACUAAAAACAGUGACAAUUGCGGGUCGAGUGGUGACGCUAAAUCUUCUAGAGGAUGACGGUUCUGUAAAGAUGCGAAACUACGAGCUGUCGAGCAAACGGGCUUCCGAUUCACUUUACCGGUCCAUUACUGAAUUGCAUUGUUUCUUUCGAUGUGACAAUGUUCGGGAUGAUGUUCUUACUCGGACUAAUCCAAGCAUCAAUUUGUCCUCAAUAUUUGACCACAAUGGAAGUCGCGAGUAUACCUUUGAUGUGCGUUACACGAGUCGGGAGGUGCAGGAUCGAGCCCGUCGAAAUCUCUACCACGCAGCUAACGAGGCCUCGAUCAGCGUGGCCACGAUCGGGCGCGCGAGUCCACCGGCGGGUUCGGACAACAACUCUUCGGUGCACUCGGGUCUCAACAGGACAACCGAAACCUCCCGCAGCCACACGGGCUCCCUAACCAGCAUGGAGGAAGUCCAGGAGAUCGUGCAAAAGGUUCGCCGCGAAGAGGUUAAGUGUCGAGUGUGUUUGGAUCGCCCGGUGAAAUGUGUCUUUGUGCCUUGCGGUCACUUUAGCUGCGAGGACUGUAGUCUCCGCCUUACGCACUGCCCCGUUUGCCGAAAGGCUAUUGAGAUUCGUCAGACCUGUUACUUUCCCUGGGACACACCCUCUAACACAGUGGUGCGAUCAACGCAACCUGUCUGCUUCGCCCUCUCGGUUUCCGAGUCGAAUCUCUCUGCCGAGGAACAUUCCCCCUCGUUCCCUACUCCCUCUACCGAUGCCAAUUUCCAUGCCUCCUCGAGUACUCCCAACCAAGCAGCCACAGCUAAGCCUCAUCGAAGCGUUGCCUUUGUUGAGGAAGAAACUGAUGGGAGCUGUGCAGAUGCAGAUGCGAGGCACCCGGGAGCAUUCAAUUUCUUCCACCGUCAACGACACGUACGCAGUUCGUCGACCUCCUCAGCCUAG